AUCUCGUGGGAGUUUUUCUGUGCUCACAAAGCACCUUUGUUUGUGUUGUUGUUGGCAGGGUCACUGUCUCUGCCUUCUUCCCACCGCACCAGUACACUUCGUCUCAUCAUUCACACCCUUUCCUUUCUCUCUCCAUUCCCAGUAAUUCAAGGAUGCAACUUUCCUCAACCCGUUCCAUAACCUCAAACUUUCACAACUUUGCAUUAAUGGGGUUCAAGGGAAUGCCCACCUAAUCCAGUUUCUCAAUUCUUUAACCCCAACUCCCUUUUUUUUUUUUUUUAUAUAUAUAUAUAUGUGGAGUACUUUUAUUCUGCUACACAAACUCCAACGCUCCAAAUUUUGAGGCAUUUCAUGUUUUCUGUCUCUACCUCUGAGAAAACGUUAUUUUUGUUGUGCUGUUUCUUUGUUUUGCUCUUGUGGGUCGAAAAAAAAUGUCCACUUUGCAGAUGUCCCAUGUUGAUUUGGAGCAAGGGAACCAUCGCCGUUCGGUUGUGGGAAGUGAUGUGAGUGGUGAAGGGAGUCUAUGCUUCUCUGAUGCUGAUGAUGGUUCAUGCUAUUCCCGUUUCUACUCAACAAAUGGAGGUUCAUACGAUGAUUACAGCUUUGCUUGUGUUUCUGAUCCUGAGCUUGGCCCUGUUCCCCAUUCUGGGAGGGCUUCUUCUCUUUCUGAUUGUUCUGUGGAGGUGGAAACUAGAACUGGGGUUCCUGAAAUCAAGGUGCAUUUGGCCAAAGUUGAGAGGGAUUGCAGGAUUUGUCACAUGGGUUUGGAGAGUGAUAGUCAUGAAUGUGGUGCACCCAUUGAAUUGGGAUGUUCCUGUAAGGAUGAUUUGGCUGCUGCUCACAAGCACUGUGCUGAGGCCUGGUUCAAGAUUAAGGGAAAUAGGACCUGUGAAAUUUGUCAUUCUGUUGCUCGGAAUGUUUAUGGAGCAAACGAUGAAUCGACAGAGCAUGCGAGUGAUGGCAACAACGGCACUACAACAGCCACACUCUCAACACCUGUUCCUUCAGCAGAACCACGACGAUUUUGGCACGGCCAUCGCUUCCUGAAUUUCCUGCUUGCUUGUAUGGUUUUUGCAUUUGUCAUAUCAUGGCUUUUUCACUUCAAUGUGCCAUCAUCCUAGUUUCCUGAGGCUGUUUGCUUCAUUUAUAAUUUAAAGUCUGAGUAGGGAGCAAACAAGAGGAAGAUGAAAAGAAAAAACAGAGGAAAAGAGAUGAAAAAAAGAAAUUCCACUCUAGAAUCCAUGGAGAAUGAAUUCUACAAUUUCAGGCCUCAUUGGGUUUAUAUAGGUAGCUGUAUAACUUCCUUUCGUCCAUGCAAAUAUACAUUUCUCCAUUUUCUGUUGUGCAUUCGUCCUAAAUUAUUGAGCUUUGCAAGGCUCUCUUAUUCUGUCUUUCAGAGUCAAUGUAAUUUCUGGACAAGUACUAGAAUGUUUAUUCAAAUGUACAUUAUAUAUUAUAUACUAUAUCGUAUUGCUACUUCA